AUGGCGAUGUCUUCUCGCGUUCUCAUCGUGAUGCAUCUCCUUGUCGCCGCCUGUGCGGUCCUCGGCAGCAGUUCAGAGGAACCGCGGCGCGGUGGCUGCUUCACCGGGCUCUUCAGCUUCGGCGACUCCAUCACUGACAACGGCAACUGGCUGCGCUACGCGCGGUCGCCGGGCGCCGUCUCCAGGCCGCCGUACGGGGAGACCUUCUUCCGCCGCCCCAACGGUCGCUUCUGCGACGGCAGGAUAAUCAUCGACCACGUCGGUGCGGCGCGCGCCAUGCUCUCGUCACUCGCCUCAUCUUUUCAGCUGACGACCACACUCGGCUGGCGAGCUAUCAGCUACGUGCUUUCAGUAACACAAAUGAUGUGCCCUGUGUAUCGUGCAGCUGACGCAUUGGGGAUACCGUUUCUGACGCCCUACCUCGCCGGCAACUCGAGCGAGGACUACGCGCAUGGCGCCAACUUCGCCGUCGGCGGCGCGACGGCGCUUGGCCACGAGUACUUCAGAGGGAAGAACCUCGACGUUCGUUUUACACCCUACUCCCUGCGGUGGCAGAUGAGUUGGCUCAAGGAAGUACUUCGCAUGCUUUCUUCAGAACAAGGAUGGAGUGAUCUGAUGGAGAGCUCGCUGUUCCUCGUCGGGGAGAUCGGUGGAAACGACUAUAACCAGGCCUUGUUCCAGGGCAGGUCCGUCGAUGAGGUCAGGACCUACGUCCCCGACGUCGUUGCCGGCAUCAGUGCUUCUCUCGUCGAACUGAUCGGGCUAGGUGCCAAGACCGUAGUGGUGCCCGGGAACUUCCCAAUCGGGUGCAACCCGGGGUACCUGACCAAGUUCCAGACCAACGACACGGCACAGUACGACUCCAUGGGCUGCCUGAAGUGGCCGAACGGCCUCACCCAGCUCCACAACCGCGCUCUCAAGGCGGAGCUGGCCGAGCUCGGCCGGCGGCACCCCGGGGUUGCUGUCGUCUACGCCGACUACUACGCCGCCGCCAUGGACCUCACCGCCGACCCUCGCAAGCACGGUGGUUUCCUCGUGCAUGCAUUCGUUGAGUUCUUGCUUAUUUGUGCACAUGCAUGUGCAUUCACCUUAAAACGUCUCGUGACGGAUGAAACUGUACGUAUUGUUUCCCGCGUUCCGGCAGGGUUUGACGGCAAACCGCUGGUGUCGUGCUGCGGCGGCGGGGGCCCGUACAACGCCAACCCGACGGUGCACUGCGGCAUGAGGACGUCGACGACUUGCCACGACCCGUACGAGGCGGUGUCGUGGGACGGGUUCCACUUCACGGACCACGCUUACAAGGUCAUCGCCAACGGCGUGCUGCGAGGGCCGUACGCCAUGCCGCCCAUUCUGGCGAAAUGCAGGCGCCGCCGCCGGUGA